UGGCUCUUCAAACCGAGCACAAGCGCUCUAACUCUAACUCUACAGCAAUGGCACCCACUGUUUUUGGACAAGCAACCAAGGAGCACCUGGCCCCAGCUCACAAGCUGAGAAAGCCCAUGGUGGAGAAACUGCGCCGAGACCGCAUCAACACCAGCAUCGAGCAGCUGAAAUCCCUGCUGGGUCCCGAGUUCCUCAGGCAGCAGCCCGACUCUAAGCAAGAAAAGGCCGACAUCCUGGAGAUGGCCGUGUUUUAUUUGAGAAGCUGGCAGCAGCAGAGGCAGCAGCAGCAGCAGAUCCGGCUGAGCUCUGGUCUGCUGGUGGCCGGUGACGGCUACUCCCACUGCGUCCAGGAGGCCGUCAGCUUCCUGUCCCACUGCGAGGUCCAAACACAGGCCCACAGGCGGCUGCUCAGCCACUUCCAGGGCCUGCAGACAUCCAGUGGCUGCAACCCCUCGCCUCCUGGUUCCCCUGCCCAUCGGGUCAGCUCCAGCAAGGGUGUGGGUCAGGGUGGCAGCACUCUGUGGAGGCCCUGGUAGGAAGAAGCCCGCGUCACCUUCGCACGGAGAAAGAACUACGUCUGUGAACGUCAUGGACAAGACCCGUUGAAAAUUCACUGAAAUCUGUUUCUGUUUGCUUUAGCAGGAUAUCAGUGUUGCUGAUUUGUAGUUUGGCAUAAUUGGCACAAUGUGCCAGUAUUUCCGAGGAAAGCUUUUACACAUUAUGUGCACCAUGUGUAGAGCCGUUGGAAAUGUUAUUUAUCAGAGUUCUUACUCUGUGAUUUUGUUUACUGUUUCCUGUGGGGAAAAUUAACCCUCAGUUCCUGUUUGUUUUACAAACAUCAGUUUAUUAUAUUUACCACAUUGGUUUUAAACUAUAUCUGAGGCACUCUAUGAUGUGUUUAAGGUCUAUCUUUGAUACUGUGUAUCACCGACUGAGAUGUCUCUUCAGCUUUUUGUUGAUUAUUCAAAAAGAACCAUAAAAGGAUCCCAUGGAUCCACCUUUACUGUAAAUCCUAUUAGGAUUAUUCUUCACGGUUUAUGAUGACUAUGUAACCACUAUUUGGCGUAUGUGUGAAUAAGACUCAUUUACUGCUAUACCGUGUUAUGUGUCCACUUGUGAUGUUGGUAUUAUAUGUUUUUCAUCUUCUGAUGAAUUCCUUUUAUAAAGGCAUGUUACACUGACGUCAGUCUUUAGUAAAAGACUAU